CGGAUGUCAAACCCUUUUUUUAUGUUCAUGCAAGUGGGGAAUGGGGACAGAAUUUGUGGCACGCAGGCAAAACUGUUCUCGAAAGAAUGUGCUGUUGUUCACCCCAGAGCGCCGCGAACAGUUUUUUGUACUUUUACAAAUCAUAGCACCGUCGUAUCCACAUUAGCAACUAUAUAGGUAUCCGGUAUGCCCUCAAAAGGCGAAAAGGAAUCGUCUGCUACAGGAGCAGAACAGGUUGCUGUUGGAAAGCAGUUACAGAAGCAACUUCCACCUGAUGAGCCCACAGGAUGGCACCAGUACAAGCUGUAUGCUUCGUAUGUCUUGGUAGCUACGGCUGCUUAUAUUGUUCCAUUGUUGUUAACACCACACCAUGACAAACAGCUAAAAUGUGUCAGCACAGAUGACAAAGCCAAUACCUCUAUUAGCUUUGGACCAUCGUAUGCACUGUAUGGACAGAGGCUUGAAACAGGCUAUCUUCGGCAUGUGGAGGCAGUACUUCGUCGAUUAGGGUACAGCCGUACUGUGGCUAUUAACUCUUCUGAAUGGGAUUUGCUUUGGGCCCAUGAUUAUCCGUUUAGAACAAUGCCAGAAUUGAGAAAUUUGAAGCCACAUCAAAAAGUGAACCAUUUUCCAGGUUCUGGAUAUAUCACGAAUAAAGUAGACCUUUCUACAUCAAAUCUGCCAUACAUACCUGCAGCAUUCAGAUUGCCUAGGGAUAAGGAAAAGUUUCUUCAGUAUGCUGCAUCCAAGCCUGCUGCUGUGUUUGUGCAGAAGCAUAAUCAACACCGAGGAAUUAAAAUUCUCUCACUUGAUGAGAUGAAUCUUAAUGAUGAUGGUACUUUUGUACAAGAGUAUGUAAGCAAUCCACUUCUUAUUGAUGGUUACAAGUUUGAUAUUGGUGUAUAUACAGUACUCACUUCUGUUGAUCCACUUCGAUUGUAUGUAUAUGGUGGAGACAUUCUCUUCAGGUUUUGUCCUGUCAAGUAUCAUCCCUUUGAUCCAACUGUACUUGAUAAAUAUGUUGUGGGAGAUGAUUACCUUCCCAUAUGGGAGGUACCGUCACUCAAGAGUUAUUAUAAUGACUUGGGUUUCUCCAUGAAAGGGUCUUUUGAUGCAUAUAUGAAGAGCAUUGGGAAAGACACAGACAAAAUUUGGAAUCAAGUUGAUGAAGCAAUUAGAAAUAUAUAUCUGGUGAAAGAAGCAUUAAUAAUACAGAUUUCGUCAAAAUUCAAAUCUACGUCAAAUUUUUUUGAAAUGGUGCGGAUUGAUCUUGUGCUGGAUGAGGAUUUAAAUGUUUAUCUAAUGGAGGCAAAUAUGUCACCUAACUUGUCAUCUGCACAUUUUCCACCAAACCAGUUAUUGUAUGAGCAAGUACUGUACAGUGUGUUCUCCUUGGUUGGUGUUGGGAGAAUUUUAUAUUCCUCCAACAGAAAAAAUAGUGAUGAGGAAGCUGCAACUGAAGAGAUGCAAGCAUCUCUAAAAAAUAUUGUUGUUUUUCCUGAAAUCUGCAAGAAAUGUAGCAGCUGUGAUUCCCAUGAAUGUCUUUUAUGCAGACCUUGCCUGACGGGUUGGACACUUAACGUAUUACGGAGCGCUUACAAAGAACAUGUUUUCAGGAGAGACUGUCGCCGACUGUUUCCUCCAUCUAUGGACCAGGCAGCUGUCAGCACAGGAAAAUAUCUGGAAGAUUUAACACCAGAAAAUCAAUUAAUGGUGCGUUGGUUUCAAGGGAAAUGUUUACAGAAUAAGUCUUGGUGCCUUUAAUACACACUCUUAAUUGUGUACCAAAACCCUUUGAUCUCAGGGAGGUGUGGUCAUGAACAACUUAAAAAAAGGCAUUUUUGUAGAUAUCUUACAUUUAGGCUGGGUAUUAGAAGUGGUAGCAUGUAAUAAAAUUCCUCCCAUAAAAUGAAAGUGAAUACAUUUAUUUUGAA